AUGCGGUCGACGACGUUGGGUGUGACACUGGCAAUGUUGAUGCCAUUGGUUUGGAGCUGGGCAGUCAUUGAUGGUAAGCGUCAUUGGGGUCGAUUAGGGUUACGGUAGCUUAAAUUAGGGAAACGUUGCUUUUGCAGGCCAAAAAACAAUAAGUUGCUGUUGUCAGGAUAAUUCCUGUUCAAUAUGUUGGCCCCCAAAUCCCAAUAUAAAAUUUUUUGGACGAGGUUUCAUUAAACCAGCUAAAGAUUUUUCAAUUGUUUAGGUCCUUCCUCGCAAUACGAGUACCCGGAAGCUCGGUAUAUGCCCGCAUAUGAAGAAGCGUUAUAUCGACAGAAAUUGCAACAAGCCCUCAUGUUAUUGGAAGACGCUGAACCCACGACCAAAAGAUCGUCCGGUGAAGUGCCUCAGGGCAAACCAAAAGCAGGCCAUGGGCGGACCAACAAGUUCUUUAGAAGGGUAAGAAGUCGAAACAAAUCAUCGAUCACCAUUGGCACUCUGUUUUAAGCACGCGCCGCGCGGGAUCUACCGAUUUUAAAAACUUUUUUUUCAGCUUUUCUACGCAAUGCGAACGGGAAUCUGA